AUGAAGCCAUCCAUCAUUGCGACUUGCAAACAGACGAGGUUUCACCUUCUUGAUGAUCGACCAUCCCAGGAGGUACUAUCUACACCACAGAUGGACCUUCGAUCGUUGACUAACGUGCCGUCUCAGAUCGAUGUCGAAGGACUUACCAUUGCAGUUGCAGCCGCACGCGAAACUACCUCAGACGACUCCUCUAGGCUAAAAUCCAAAUGGAAGUCGCAAUGGAACGGGAAAAUCAAAAAUGAGGUCAUUCGGCAUAUGAAUGGUAUGCUUCCUAUUCUUGAUGACAUCUACAAACAUGCUGACGGGCACCGGGCUCAAGUCCUGUCCAAAAGUUUCGAGACAGAGGACCCCCUAGAGCCGGUUCUCGCUAUCCGUAGAAUCCGCCAUGAGCGAACGGAAAAGCAGCUCUUUUUGGCACAGAAGAAUGCCAGUCUCAAGAGUGGUACUAGAGGACUACAAGCACGGAAAGACCUCAAGGUCGUGGAGGCCAAGCAUCAAACUUCCCUUGAACUAUUGGGUCAGCAGAAAGAAGCUAUCGACGCCGACGCUAUCAAGGAAGACACACAAGCUGCGGUGGAGACACUCCACGACCUGCAGUCACAGUUCGAGGCUAGUCAGAUGAAACUCGUUGAUAUCGAACAACAAGCCCGCCAAAUCCUCAUCGGCUUGGGCUUUCGCGAAAGUGCCUUCGACAAACCAUUCCUGACCAUGUCGGGUGGCUGGCGGAUGCGAUGCAUGUUGGCCAGCGUACUGAUUCAGAACCCGGAUAUUAUGAUCCUGGACGAGCCCACGAACUUCCUGGACCUUCUGGGAGUGGUAUGGUUGGAGAACUACCUCCAACAGUUGCGCGACAUCUCAACGACCACCAUUGUCCUGGUCUCGCACGACAGGGAUUUCAUCAACGCCGUCUGCGAAGAGAUCGUCAUACUCCGCGAUGAAAAGCUCACCUACUUCAGAGGAAACUUGUCCGCAUACGAGAAGGAUUUUGAAGAACAGAAGCUGUACUGGGGCCGCAUGAAGGAAGCCCAGGAGCGACAAACCGCACACAUGGAAGCCACCGUUCGCGAAGCUGUCAAGACCGGAAAGAAGACCAACGAUGAGAACAAGCUACGGAUGGCCAAGUCGCGGCAAAAGAAACUCGACAACCGGAUGGGAAUCCAAGUCAACGCUAACGGAGGCCGGUUCAAACUUAACCGUGACCUUGCGGGCUGGCACUUCAGUGCACGCGCUGAAAUCGAAGUGCCCACGGAUGAGAAGGGCGCGACAAUGGCCCUACCUGAUGCCACUGAGCUGCGGUUUCCGGGUCCUCUGAUCUCUCUAGAAGGAGUGACAUUCAAAUACAAACCUACUGACACACCGAUCUUGAACGCAAUUGACCUUGUUGUUCAUAUGGGCGAUCGAGUGGGUAUCAUGGGUCUCAAUGGCGCUGGAAAAUCGACCCUAGUCCGUGUGCUGGUCGGAGGUGCCCUGCCGACUAAGGGCAAGGUCGCGAAUCAUUCCAGGCUGAAGCUGGGGUACUAUGCGCAGCAUUCCAUUGAAGAAUUGCAGGAACUAGGCCAGAGCGACCCCAGUUUGACUGCACUGGGGGUGAUGUCGAAAGUCGUUGAUGGCACGCUUAACGAAGGGGAACUUAGAGGACUGCUGGCAACAUUAGGCCUCCAGGGGCGAGUAGUCUCCGACGUCGCUGUCUCCCGACUCUCCGGCGGCCAACUAGUACGCCUAGCGCUGGCGAAGGUGAUUUGGAAUUCUCCGCAUCUGCUUGUGCUGGAUGAAAUUACUACACAUCUGGACUUCCAUACCGUCACAGCACUUGCGUCUGCGCUGUCCUCUUUCAACGGAGCCAUCCUGCUGGUAUCGCACGACCGAUUCCUCAUGCGCUCAGUCAUAGAAGGAAAGCGCGAUCUGGACCACCAGUUAGAUGAAGACUUUGAGGGGGUAGAUGAAGAAAAAGACGAAAAUCAAAGCAGAAGGCGCACCGUGUAUGUCUUGAAAGGCGGCACGCUGCGGGAGCAGAGCAAUGGGGUGGAGCAGUUUGAACAGAGUCUGGUGAAGAGAGUCCAAAAAAUGCUCCCUAUGCCACGAUAG